AUGAGUACUCCCGCGCCCAAACCAGCCCAAGCCAGGCCUCGCAAGCUACGAUUGGCAUGCGAUGGCUGUCACCGGUCCAAGACUCGAUGCUCGGGCGGCAACCCUUGCAGCCGAUGCCACGAGUACUUGAGUCCGUGUACCUACAGCUAUUCCUCCCGCUGCGGCAAACCCAAGGGGUCCCGCAGUCGCAAAACUCUGGAGCGGGAGCAGCGGGUGGCGGCGGCCGCGGAAACGGCCCGCCUAGCGGGAAACCCGGUCCCUGCCUCCCAGGGUCCAACCGCCGAAGCCGCCGCCGCCGACGCCGCCGCGGUCGAUCCCCCGCCCCCGCCGCUUCCCUCUCCCCGCCCUGACGACUUUUCCUCCCUCUGUCUGUUCGACGAAGAGGAGGAAUUGAACCCAAUUUUCUUUGCUGAACGCAAUGGCACCCCCAGCUGCAGUGAUACAGGGGCUACUGCGUUUUCGACGGAUUGGAUCCCUCCCCUGCCGUCGAUACCCGAUUCCGACCUUUCGUUCCCGCCGCCAUUGGAGACAACCUGUCUCUCCUCUUCAGGCCCUGACCCCAACGACCCCCUUCUCUGGGGCAUGACACCCAAGCCUGAGUGCCAGCCGGCGAGCAAGGAGCCGCUGGAUCCUCCCUCCAAGCCGCUGCGCCCCUGCAAAUGUCUCCAGACCCUCAGCAGCCUAACUUCUCGGGAUAUCCGUCGACACGAUGCCACGUUUGUCUUUGUCCGGAACUUUGCUCGUGCAUUUUCCCGCUUCUACCAGUGUUUAUACUGCCCGAAAGAUGCCGGCAGUAUCAGCCUGGCUGUGACCGCGCUGCAGCUGGCAACGACCGCCCUGGAAAAGACCACCAACACAGGGGCCGACGCGGCUGUCUCCUCCGUCGACUUUGAGGAGGACCUAUUCGCCUCCACGUUUCUCCCCUGUACGCCAGGCUCCGAGCUCUUGCUGCCCUCGAGCAGCCGCAGUGGCGCCACCAAUCCCUCCUUCCAGCUAGGAAACUACCAAAUCGCCCCUCUCCCGGGUGAGCACGAUGCGGAGGAGCACAGUCAGAUUGUAAACGUCUUGAUUCGGUCCGGGGUGCGACGCUUACUGGCCGUCUGCUGGCAGAUCUGGGAUCUGCUCCGUGCUCCCGUUUCCUUUGACGGCCGCGGGCAUGCCGUUGAUUGCCAUGACCGGUCUAGCUCCUCCUCUUCUUCUUCCUCCUCAUCCCCCUUCCCAUUCGCGCCCGACAUUAGUCAACUCUUCGAUCUUUCAUGCUCGGCCGAAACUGCCCAAGUUCGGAGCACGCUGGUCCAGAUACCGGCUCGACUCUGCAACCUGCUGACGUGA